CGUAGGAGUGCUUCACACCCCAAUCCUCAACCAACUUCACACUUUCUUGGCUACAGUUUCUUAGGCCUACUGUCUAAGGCAUCUUUGCAAUGCCAUCAAAUCUCCUCACACCUUUCCUUGAGCUGGAUGAGGAAUUUUGCAAGACUUUUCAAAGUCUUGAAGUACAGGAUGGUUCCAGACGCGCCGUCGGUUUCCAGCGCAGACAUUCCCUAUGUCCCGUCACACUUCCCAACUCCAAAUUCAACAUCGGUGGAAGUGCCAUAGACCCAACAGACGAGCUCUGGUCCCUUGCAAGCAUUAGCAGCCAGCCAUGGAGCCGAGAGCAGCUUCCGCGCUCUGCCCUACAGCGCAUCCCUUUCAGGGCCGACCGCUCCGUGAGCAUGAUCGAAGGACACGUGAGUGGUGAGUCCACCCUACCGCCUCCCCCCGGCCUGAGUAUUUCACCACCGGGCCUGAGCGUCUCUCCGCCAUCACCAAGAGCGACGCCGGUGCCUGUCGUGUCUGCGCGCUACAAAACCGAGCUCUGUCGUACAUAUGAGGAGAGCGGAGCCUGCAAGUACGGCGCCAAGUGCCAGUUUGCGCAUGGCGCAGAGGAGCUGCGCGGCCUAAACAGGCACCCCAAGUACAAAACCGAGCCGUGCCGCACAUUCCACACCGUGGGCUUUUGUCCGUACGGCGCGCGCUGUCACUUCAUCCACAACGCCGACGAGCAGCAGCAAUAUCAUCGGCAGGCCACGAGCACCACCAGGGAGCGCCCGCGCCUGUUGCGCCAGAGCGUCAGCUUCGCUGGCUUUUCUUCCCGAGCCACCGUGGCCGCUUUCCAGGCCUUGCCAGACCCACUCUCGUUCACUAGAGCGUCUUCUGUAUCUCCUCCACCGUCAUCUUCCUUUUCGUGCAGCCCUGAUCUCCCGUCUCCACCGCUGCUGCCAGAGCACGGAGCCUUGAAGCACGGCUUCGGGUUCACAACAGAUAUCGCGCUCAGCGACCGGAUCGCAGCUCUGCAGCGCAGCGCGUCCGCAGACUCGCUCUCUGACCACGACGGCUACUCGAGCUCCGGGAGCCUAAGCGGCUGCGACUCGCCUAGUGUAGAUGCAAGCAGACGGCUGCCCAUCUUCAGCCGCCUGUCUGUCUCAGACGAUUAAUGAACGAUCUGUGCAUAUUGCAUAUUGGCUUUGAUUUGUUAUAGAAUGUUUUUUUUUCUCUCUUUAUCUGAUGCAUCAAAAGUUUACACAGAAAUUCCCACAGUAUUGAAUUAACUCCCAUAGCUUCCACUGAAAAGUUUGAAAGGGUCAUUUGUGUCCACGUGACCUGAUCUAUAUAUACUGUGUUUAAGGUGUUUAUCCAACACUGUGGAUUUUUUGCUGUGUGCCAAUGUAUACUGUUGUAUACCGGUUGAAACUGUACUAGUUAUUUCACUCUAGAUUCACACUUUUAGGGUCGCCUAGAUGCAAGGAAAAGUUCUGAGAACCUUUUCUGUACCCGUUAUGUCCGGAAAGUGUAAAGAAUUAAGCAACAGUACAGAUGAGCAUGUUUCACUACAUGCACUUUUCUGUGCUUUAACCAAAGCUGAACAACUUUAGUCUAUAUUUAGCUGUAGGACGAACCCUAACCUUGAACCCAGACAUGUACUGUAAACAAAGUGUAGCCUUUAGUGAAGGCAUUUUAUAAAUUGAUUAGUUUUACAAAGUUUUACAAAGUAGUUUGAACAAGUUUCUUAUCUAAGAUUCUAUUUAUUGCCCAUUUUAUUCUUUUGUGAUUGCAUUUUUAUGCAUUUUUACACAGUGAACACAUCUUUUGAGUUUGCUUUGUUUGAGCUAUUUCCCAGCUUUAAGUGAAACCAGCAGUACAGACUCUGAAUGUAGAAAUCUCAGGAUCAUAAGUGAUAAAACCCCACCACGUUUCUUCUGUGCUCACUGAGAUCAGUAUUUGGGCUCAAUCAUUACAAACAAGUGUGUGUGUGUGUGUGUGUGUGUGUGUGUGUGUGUGUGUGUGUGUGUGUGUGUGUGUGUGUGUGUGUGAGUGGCAGUGUGACAAUGUAUCAGGAAAAAGUGCUACGCCAUCUUACAUCUCUUGCACUGUCAAUCUGUAUUAUAGCGACAAAAGAUAUAAUGUUCCUUACAACAUAUAGAUGUAGAUGAAAAGUGCAUUUCCUGACUUUGAUUAAAAGCUUACAGUGUAGUAGAUCCUUUAAAAAGAAGAAAAACAAGUUGCAAGUUCCUGUCUUAGCUGUUUGUGUAAGCUUUUGCCUUUUGUUAACUUAAACUUAUUUAUUUUCUUUUUUCUUUUUUCAGUGCAGGAAAAAGACAGAAUAAUGUGCUAUGAUUUUGUAUUGUGUUGUUUCAUAUAUAAUUUAAACGGACCGUUUACAUUCCUUGUGGUUGUGAUGCCAACGUUAUAAUAUAUUGUUGAUUGUUUCGAAAUAAACUUUCAGAAACUUCAAAA